GGCCUCCGUAGAGAUGUGCAAGACCAGCUGUGAGUUGCAGGGCUCAGUGCAGGAAGAAGUGCGGAGCUCCUUGUGCAGAACUUACUGAAAGUUUCAAGACAGAGGUGGCAGUGCAUUAAACCGAGCUCGGGGGCACCUGUGUGUGCCCAGCUUGUACCCCGAGAGGCUACCAGAGGAUGGAACAGCCUGGACCUUCCUGAGCCUGUGUGUGGUCACGAUGAUGACGUAGGGCAUCUGUCUGCUGAGCACCCCGGGCCACAGUGACCAUGGCCCCCCGCAAGAGGAGCCGCCAUGGCCUGGGCUUCCUGUGCUGCUUUGGGGGCAGUGACCUCCCCGAGAUCAACCUCCGGGACAACUGCCCGCUACAAUACAUGGAGUUCUCCAGCCCCAUCCCAAACCCAGAGGAGCUUAAUGUCUGCUUUGCAGAGCUUGUGGAUGAAUUGGAUCUCACUGACAAAAACCGCGAGGCCGUCUUUGCCCUGCCUCCCGAGAAGAAAUGGCAGAUCUACUGCAGCAAGAAGAAGGAGCAGGAGGAUCCCAACAAACUGGCGACCAGCUGGCCUGACUAUUACAUUGACCGCAUCAACUCCAUGGCUGCGAUGCAGAGUCUGUACGCAUUUGAUGAGGAGGAGACAGAGCUGAGAAACCAGGUUGUGGAAGACUUGAAGACAGCUCUUCGGACACAGCCCAUGAGAUUCGUGACCCGCUUCAUCGAGCUGGAGGGCUUGACCUGCCUGCUGAAUUUCCUCCGGAGCAUGGACCACGCCACCUGUGAGAGCCGCAUCCACACCUCCCUCAUCGGCUGCAUCAAGGCCCUGAUGAACAACUCCCAGGGGCGGGCGCACGUGCUGGCACAGCCCGAGGCCAUCAGUACCAUCGCCCAGAGCCUGCGCACCGAGAACACCAAGACCAAGGUGGCUGUGCUAGAGAUCCUGGGUGCUGUGUGCCUCGUGCCCGGAGGCCACAAGAAGGUUCUGCAGGCCAUGCUGCACUACCAGGUGUAUGCGGCGGAGCGCACGCGCUUCCAGACCCUGCUGAAUGAGCUAGACCGAAGUUUGGGCCGGUACCGGGAUGAAGUGAACCUGAAAACAGCCAUCAUGUCCUUUAUCAAUGCUGUCCUCAAUGCUGGUGCUGGAGAGGAUAAUCUGGAAUUCCGGCUACAUCUACGGUAUGAGUUCCUGAUGCUGGGAAUACAGCCUGUGAUUGACAAACUCCGGCAACACGAGAAUGCCAUCCUGGACAAGCAUUUAGACUUCUUUGAGAUGGUUCGGAAUGAGGAUGACCUGGAGCUGGCCCGGAGGUUUGACAUGGUCCACAUCGACACCAAGAGUGCCUCCCAGAUGUUUGAGCUGAUCCACAAGAAGCUGAAGCACACUGAGGCCUACCCCUGCCUGCUGUCUGUCCUGCACCACUGUCUGCAGAUGCCCUACAAGCGGAAUGGUGGCUACUUCCAGCAGUGGCAGCUCUUGGACCGAAUCCUCCAGCAGAUUGUCCUCCAGGAUGAGCGGGGCAUGGACCCUGACCUGGCUCCAUUGGAGAACUUCAACGUCAAGAACAUUGUCAACAUGCUUAUCAAUGAGAACGAGGUCAAACAGUGGCGAGAGCAGGCAGAGAAAUUCCGCAAAGAGCACUUGGAGCUUGUGAGCCGGCUGGAGAGGAAGGAGCGGGAAUGUGAGACGAAGACCAUGGAGAAGGAAGAGAUGAUGCGGACGCUGAACAAGAUGAAGGACAAGCUGGCCCGAGAGUCCCAGGAGCUGCGCCAGGCUAGGGGACAAGUGGCUGAGCUGGUGGCCCAACUCAGUGAACUCUCAACAGGCCCUGUGUCUGCCCCACCUCCCCCUGGAGGCCCGCUUCCCUCCUCCUCCACCUCCUCCUCCUUGGUGACAACCAAUGACCUGCCUCCACCGCCUCCCCCUCUCCCCUUCGCCUGCUGCUCCCCGCCGCCCCCACCACCCCUUCCGCCUGGUGGGCCUCCCACUCCCCCAGGCGCCCCGCCUUGCUUCGGCCUCAGCCCACCCCUGCCUCAGGACCCUUUCCCCAGCAGCGACAACCCACUCAGGAAAAAGCGCAUCCCACAGCCUUCCCACCCACUGAAGUCCUUCAACUGGGUCAAGCUGAAUGAGGAGCGGGUCCCUGGUACCGUGUGGAAUGAGAUUGAUGACAUGCAGGUAUUUCGGAUUCUGGACCUAGAGGAUUUUGAGAAAAUGUUUUCGGCCUAUCAGAGGCAUCAGGAGCUGAUAACUAAUCCUUGUCAGCAGAAAGAGCUGGGCUCCACCGAGGACAUCUACCUGGCCUCCCGCAAGGUCAAAGAGCUGUCAGUCAUUGAUGGCCGGAGGGCCCAGAACUGCAUUAUCCUUCUCUCCAAGUUGAAGCUUUCUAACGAGGAGAUCCGGCAGGCCAUCUUGAAGAUGGAUGAACAGGAGGACCUCGCUAAGGACAUGCUGGAGCAGCUCCUCAAGUUCAUCCCUGAGAAGAGUGACAUUGACCUCCUCGAGGAACACAAGCAUGAGAUUGAGCGGAUGGCCCGAGCCGACCGCUUCCUCUAUGAGAUGAGCAGGAUCGACCACUACCAGCAGCGACUGCAGGCCCUGUUCUUCAAGAAGAAGUUCCAGGAGCGGCUGGCAGAGGCCAAACCCAAAGUGGAAGCCAUCCUGCUGGCCUCCAGGGAGCUGACGAGAAGCAAGCGUCUAAAGCAGAUGCUGGAGGUCGUCCUGGCCAUUGGCAACUUCAUGAACAAGGGACAGCGCGGGGGAGCCUAUGGGUUCCGGGUGGCCAGCCUCAACAAGAUCGCUGACACCAAGUCCAGCAUUGACAGAAACAUCUCUCUGCUCCAUUACCUGAUCAUGAUCCUGGAGAAACAUUUCCCUGACAUCCUGAACCUGCCUUCAGAACUACAGCAUCUCCCGGAAGCUGCCAAAGUCAACCUGGCCGAGCUGGAGAAGGAGGUGAGCAACCUCAAGAAGGGGCUGAGAGCCGUCGAGGUGGAGCUGGACUAUCAGCGACACCAGGUGCGAGAGCCCAGUGACAAGUUUGUCCCCAUCAUGAGUGACUUCAUCACGGUGUCCAGCUUCAGCUUCUCAGAGCUGGAGGACCAGCUCAGUGAGGCCAGGGAUAAGUUUGCCAAGGCCCUGAUGCACUUCGGGGAGCAGGACAGCAACAUGCAGCCCGAGGGGUUCUUCGGCAUCUUCGACACCUUCCUGCAGGCCUUCUCGGAGGCCCGGCAGGACCUGGAGGCCAUGAGGAAGAGGAAGGAGGAGGAAGAGCGGCGGGCGCGCAUGGAAGCCAUGCUGAAGGAGCAGCGCGAGCGUGAGCGGUGGCAGCGGCAGCGCAAGGUCCUGGCCGGCGGCUCGCUGGAGCUGGAGGAGAGCGGCGAGUUCGAUGACCUGGUGUCGGCCCUGCGCUCCGGGGAGGUGUUCGACAAGGACUUGUCCAAGCUGAAGCGCAGCCGCAAGCGCUCAGGGAGCCAGGCCCCGGAGGUCACCCGCGAGCGGGCACUAAACCGGCUAAAUUAUUGACCUGGGGACUGGCCGCGCUGGAUGCCACAGACGGGCGGGGCCGGGAGGGCGGAGCGGAGCAGGUGGUGAGAUUUCACUCGGUGCUGGGUGUCGAGCCCAGGGCUGGGUCCUGGGGCGCGGACUCCCCCGCUUACCUUCAGGGGCUCCUCUAUUCUUCUCUAAACAAGAGUCUUUCUGGGUCCUGGCCCUCAGGGGUCAUUCUUAGAGCUCGCGUGGACAGCCCUGGCCAGGAACCUUAGGCUGUGGGGUGCCGGUCCCCCACCCCAGGCACCCACGUUCAGGACAGAAUUGUUUCAGAUCUAGACCCGCAAGGUCCAUGGACCUUGGCCAGCUCUCCCGUGCCACGGGGAACGGCGGGGAGGAGGGUAGCUCCCUUGGGAGCCAGCUGAGGGAUCCUGGCUCCCAUCUCUGAUCUGGGGCCAACUUUCCCCUUGGCUGGGAACAGGCAAGGCAUCGUGUGUUAGAGCGGCGAGCUCAGCUCUGGCCUGUUCCAGAAAAGCCACCAUGGUGCGAGGCUGAGGCAGGGCCCCAAGCCGGAGGACCGAGGAGCAGCUCCCCACACUGUGGGUCCGUUGGUCUCUCCCUCUCCUCACAAAUCCAUAGUCCGGAAACUCACCCUCGGGUUCCAGGGUUCUGACUCACUCCUGGGUACCCGCCGAACCUGCAAAGGGCGGGGUCCUAGACCGACCUCCAUCAGCACAUCUUAUGCUUCAGGCACGGGGCCUUGUGAUCACGCCCCACAGCGCCUGCCCACUGUCAGGGUGACACAGCGACACCACUUGUGGCCGAUGGUGACACUUGAACGCCCCCCUCCUGCAUGAACUACCCGGUCUACCACUCGGUAUUAUCACUUAGACCACUCCCUUUCCCUGACACCACAGGGCACAAGCCGCCUUGGCUGUCCAUUCUGUAGGAGACCACUUGGAACUGCAUGUGCCUGGCCCUGGGGAGUUGAGUCCUGAGGGCCUGCGCUGCCUUUAAUGUCACCAUUUCUAAGGGCGGCCUGUCUGUGUCGGGCCAUGCAGACAGAGGAAGGCUGGCUUCGCUGGGGGUACCUGGUCUCUGGCGCUUGGUUUGGUUCUUCCCUGACUUUCAGGGGGCUUUCUGGUCCUCCCGUCCACUCCCUCCUUUGUGUCCAUCUUGAGCUGUCCUCGAGGGAUGGACGGGGUGGCCGUAUGUAGGCUCAUUUUUUAAAUGGAGGGGGUGAGGUCCGUUCCCUGAAGGCUCUUAUUUUCUGUACCGCCCCGGCCCUUCCUCUCCUGAGCCCAGCCUAGCCUGGUCUUUCUGCCCUGCUCCUCUGCCCUGGCGUCUUUACCAGAGUACAGACUGCUGGGCUAGGCUCACUCUUUUGCUGCUGUCUUUGCUCCGAGUCAGAUGCCGGGGGUGGGGGAGGGGCGGUGGUGGCCACAGAGCCGCAGGGGAAGAAGUGAGGUUGGUGAGCCCAGCAAGUGUGUUGGUUUGCGGGGGCGGGCGGGUGUGCUCCGCUGGGAGGGAUCUGAGCAAGUACGAGCCUGGCCAUCGUAGGGCCCAGGAGAGGGCACGCUGAAGGCUUCUAGGAAGAGCAGCUGCAGAGAGUUUGGUGAGGCCCAUCUGUACCCCAUGUCCAAAUCUUGGCCUUCCCACCCACCACGGAAGACCGGCUGUGCGCCAGAAAGAACAAGGAACAGAGAAGCUGUUUACGAGGCAGGCGGUCCUCAGAAAGGCGGAGGUCGGUGUAACUGUUUACAGAGGGUGCUGCAUAUGUUCUUCCAGAGCCCAGCCUUCUUGCCCCCAGAGGCUUUUUCUUUCCUAUUUAUUAUUUUCCACAUCUGGCCAAUGGCUCUUGGUACUAGUUGAUGCCAUGGUAGCCAGAUCAACAAUGCCGUGGACCAUUAAGCCCAACUCAGUAAAAAGGGUCUGGUGCCCAUGAAGAUGCUGAGCGGGUCCUUGAUGUUAAAUAAGGCUAUUAGUACGUUCCCUGGUCUUCCUUUCCCCCGGCUCCCACUGCUCCAGCCCCCUCUGGGUAAGAUUCCGCAGCUGUCAACCUAAUGCAACCCUUCUUAGCGGCAUGCACUUACUCCCUAUCUACCUGUAGAAAUAUGUUUGGGAGAAAAUUCUCCGGGCAGGUGGGGAAAGGCCUGGUUCAGGUUCUCUGUCCCACUGCCACCAACUGGGGAGCUGCGACCGUGUUCCCUGCCCUCUCCCAGGGAUCUCCACCCACCUUCAGGCCAAGGCCGCUCUCACCAGCUGUCUCAGAUGACAAAUGAGGCUCAUGUACAAAAUCCGCAGUGUUCUUUCUACCUGCACCUUUUUAUAAGAAUAUAUGGUAAUACUAAAAACUAUUAAAUCCAUACCACCCCUACCCAGA